AUGUUGAAUAGGGAGGUCGACCCGACUGUCGAUGACUAUGCUGAAACUUUGAUCAAACCUUCUUUGAAGAUCUCAACUAUGGACCGCAAUUCAUAUCACUCCGUUGAACUGACAUUCCUGGAUGGGGCCAAUACAAAUACAAAAAAGGACCUCAGAGCAUCGCGGACCUCGACUCUGACGACAAGCUACCUCGAGGUGAGGGCGUUUCCCUCUCCCAGUGACGCAGCUGUCGGUCUCGAACAAGGAUUUAUUCAAUAUAUGUGCGAUGUGUAUAUCGAUGUCCUCGCAACCCGUCACACCAAAGCUCCCAUUCGUUUUGUUGAGAAGGAAGAGGGUGUGACCAAUACGUAA